AUGCCAACUAUCACUCCAGCGGAAGGCCAUUUGGCUGAAACAGUUGACGAAAAGACCGAUGAUGCAAUUCUGGCAACGGCAGAAGAAGCGAGCGACAAUGCAGAAGACACACCCGCCUAUUACGAAGGCUGGGCUCUUUGGAACCUUGGCGCGGCCUUGAUGGGUUCUGCGUUCCUGUUGUCUCUUGAUAAUACUAUCCUGGCAACGGCAAUACCUCGAAUCACGAGCGACUUCAACAGCCUCAACGACAUCGGCUGGUACGCCUCCGCCUACAAGAUCACCCAGAUGUCCCUCCUCCCAUUAUGCGGUCGCAUUUAUACCUUCUACGACAACAGGUGGUCGUACAUUAUCGUACUUCUCAUUUUCGAAUUGGGUUCUAUCAUCUGUGCGGUAGCCCAGAACUCGACGACGCUCAUAGUGGGCCGCGCCGUAUCAGGAGUGGGCGCUGCUGGCUUAAUGAGCGGGGCAGCCAUCAUCAUUUCCGCAACUGUGACUUUAAGGAAGCGUCCGGUGCUGAUGGGACUGAUCUCGAUCAUUUAUGGCGUUGCAUCUGUGCUAGGACCGCUCGUUGGGGGUGCCAUAACGGAUAACUCGAUGCUUACCUGGCGGUUUUGCUUCUGGAUCAAUCUUCCAUUUGGGGCGGUUGGACUAGCUCAGAUAUGGUUCGCUCUCCGGACUCCUCCGAAAGCAGUCAAAUCAACGCUAUCUUCGAAGGAAAAGAUAAGCCAGAUGGGCUUUCCAGGCGCUACUAUUUUGAUUGGCUCAAUCACAUGUCUGUUGCUCGCUCUGCAGUGGGGAGGCAUCGACUACUCGUGGUCUGAUCCGAAGGUAUAUGGCACGUUGAUCGUGUUUGGGCUGACCCUGAUCCUGUUCAUUAUGGUGCAAUGGAGAUUUCCAAAAAGUUCUACUGUUCCAAUCUACCUAUUCAAGAACCGAACUGUAGUUGUCGCGAGUAUCUUUAUGAUGUUUCUUCAACUAUCGAUCACCGUGAUUACCUACUACUGGCCUCUAUACUUCCAAUCUGUCAAAAAUACCAGUGCGGAAAACUCCGGCAUCUAUAUGCUUCCCUUUGCCAUUUCAACCAUGUUCUCGACUUUCGUCGCUGGUUGGGUUAUUUCCAAGGUGGGAUACUACGUCCCGUUCAUGUGGGUUGGGGCUCCUAUCCUUGCCGCAGGAGCUGGGCUCUUUAGGCUUCUAGACGCGGGAAGCUCGGCGGCCAGCUGGGCUGGAUACCAGAUUGUCAGCGGCAUUGGCUACGGCAUCUGUGGGCAGGUACCGAUCAUUGCCGUGCAGGUCGUUGUUGACAAGGAAGACGUGCCGACAGCCUGCGUUCUCGUCAUCUUCUUUGAAUGCCUUGGGGCCACCUUGGGACCCAGUAUCGCCCAGAACCUCUUCACGGACACCCUUCUGAAGACAUUACUCGGGAUCGCCGGCGUAGACGGUCCAGCAGUAGUCGCGGGAGGUGCAAAGGGCUUCAGGCCGUUGAUACGUCCAGACCUCCUCGACAGGGUGAUUGAUGCAUGGGAAGAUGCUUUGUGGACCGCGUACCUGUUGGCCAUUGCAAGUUCCGCAGCUGCCCUGGUCGUCAGUGCAGCGAUGGAGUGGCGUAGACUGCCCGAAGAUAAGAAGCAGACUGCUACAGGAAGUGAACAGGUAUAG